GCAGGGCCGAUGCACCAGGAUGACGUUUGUUCAACGGUGGUACAUUUAUCUAUGUCGAGUGCCCUCGAGCUCCCUCCUCGUCGAGCGUUCCUGUGGCACCAAUCUAGGCAUUCCUCUGCUACUAACUCUACCUUACCAGAACCAGUCUGAGACUCGAUUUCGCCAUGGCAGCAACUCUCGAUAUCAGGACGUCUGAGCUCCGAGAGCCAGUCGACAUUGCUACUUACCUUUUGACUAGACUCAAGCAGAUGGGUAUCGACUCGAUCCAUGGGCUUCCCGGGGAUUUCAACCUGGCGCUCCUUGAUUACCUCCCAGACCUCGACAUCACAUGGGUGGGUAAUUGCAAUGAGUUGAAUGCUGGCUACGCGGCAGAUGGGUAUGCUCGAAUUAAGGGCAUCUCGGCCGUUAUCACCACGUUUGGAGUAGGCGAGCUGUCUCUCCCCAAUGCGAUUGCAGGAUCGUAAGUGUUUUUAAAGACUGCAGUGCUGUUUCGGGUACAUCUGACCGCUUCAAGCUACGCCGAGUAUGUCCCUGUGGUGCACAUUGUGGGAACUCCAAGCACAUCAUCUCAGGCCAACGGCAUGCUACUCCACCACACUCUGGGAAAUGGAAACUUCAACACCUUUGCCGACAUGGCCGCCCACAUUGCAGUGGACGUUGCCAAGCUGACCGACCCUCGGGAUGCAGCGGCGCAAAUUGACCACGCGCUCCGCGAAUGUUACCUCCAGAGCCGACCAGUAUACCUCACACUUCCCACGGACCUGGUCAAGAAGAAGGUGGAAGGGGAGAGGCUUAAAACUAAGAUCGAUCUCAGUGCUCACAAGAAUGAUCCAGCCAAGGAAGAUUAUGUGGUGGAGGUGGUACUGAAGUAUCUGACUGAGGCCAAGAGCGCCGUCAUCCUGGUGGACAGCUGUGCCGUGCGCCAUCGAGUGUUAGACGAAGCACACGAGUUGAUCGAGAAGUCUGGGCUGCCGGUCUUUGUUGCUCCCAUGGGUAAAGGGGCUGUUGAUGAGACCAUUCCUCAGUUUGGUGGUGUCUAUGCCGGAGACGGGUCCAACCCUGGGGUUCAAGAACGGGUGGAAAUGGCGGAUCUGCUGUUGACGAUCGGUAGCGUCAAAUCGGACUUCAAUACCGCAGGAUUCACCUACCGAACUUCGCAGCUCAAAACGAUUGACUUCCACAGCACUUACACUAGAGUGCGGUACUCGGAAUACCCUGGGGUGGGCAUGAAGGGGGUACUUCGAAAGCUGAUCGAUCGACUGCCACAGCUCAACAUCCAACCUGGACCCGUACCACCACAGAAUAUCACUCCUGCCGAGGAGAAUCUCGACGAUCCUGCUAUCACCCAUGACUGGUUCUGGCCUCAGUUGGGCAAGUGGUUGCAAGAAGGAGACAUUGUACUCACGGAGACAGGAACAUCCAACUAUGGCAUCUUCGACACGCGAUUCCCGAAAAAUGUGACCAACAUCAGCCAAAUUCUGUGGGGCAGUAUUGGAUAUGCCACGGGAUCGACCCAAGGAGUGGCGUUGGCGGUCAAAGAAUUAGGUAGCGCUCGUCGAACCAUUCUAUUCACCGGCGACGGUAGCUUCCAAUUGACGGCGCAGGAAGUCAGUACCAUGAUCCGACACAAGCUCAAGCCGAUCCUGUUUAUCAUCAACAACAAUGGUUACACCAUCGAACGGUUCAUCCACGGCAUGGAGGCGACGUAUAAUGACAUUCAGCCUUGGAAAUACCAGGCACUGCUGCCGGCGUUUGGGGCUCAAGAGGGCAGUUACAAGACAUACACGGUCAAAACUAAAACCGACGUCUUGAAUCUGUUCCAGGACCCUGUCUUUGCGAGCACACCAUACAUUCAGCUUGUGGAGUUGUUUAUGCCUGAGUUUGACGCUCCUAAGGGGUUGAAGAUCACCGCUGCGGCGGCUGCUCGCCGCAAUGAAAAAGCAUGAUUGUGGGAAAAGAUUUAGAUGGACAAAACGAUGGUUGUGUGUAGAUUGUUAAAUGUCACUCAUGGCAAAUAAGACUGCUCUAAAUUGGACUGUAUUGUCAUUUUAGAG